AUGGCAGACAAGCCUCAAGCAGAGUGGGCCGAGAUGGAGAAAUCCAAUAAGUCGAAAUUGACGAAGGCAGAAACACAAGAGAAAAACACUCUGCCUUCAAAAGGAAUGAUUAGACAGGAGACACACGCUGGUGAAUCAUAA